AGUUUAACCUACAGCUAUUUGUAGAUGGAGUUACCGCUUCCUGUUCCCUCAGCUGGCUCCAUCACAACCUACGCUGCUGUUGGCAUCGGUGGUGCUUUGGUCGGAGGGCUCGUAGCAGUUGCUUAUUCCCGGAGGUUCUCAUCUCAUGAUGCUGCGCGGGGCGAGGGCAUUUCGCAGCUUCCAAGCGAAGGAGGGCGAAUGUGGUUCAGUGAAGUUUCUGAACAGAUGUGGCCAGGCCAAUCGAUGAGCCUCGAGAUUUCGCAGAUCCUCUAUCACAAGAGGUCGAAGUUCCAGGAUGUUCUAGUCUUCGACUCAACCACAUGGGGGAGAGUAUUGUGCUUAGAUGGAAUCAUUCAAACCACUGAUAAGGACGAGUUCUGUUACCAGGAGGCUAUGGCGCACACGCCUGCCUUCCUACAUCCCAACCCCAAGAAAGUCCUGGUCAUCGGUGGUGGAGAUGGUGGGAUCCUCCGAGAACUAGCCAAGCAUGCGUCCAUCACGGAGCUCCACAUAUGUGAGAUCGACGGAGAGGUCAUUGAAGUCUCAAGACGAUACAUGAAGCAGCUGUCAGUUGCCUUCGACGAUCCUCGAGUUCGCAUUCAUCUGGAGGACGGCGCUGCCUUCAUGAAGCGCCAUUCGAGCGAGUUUGACAUCAUCGUUUGUGACACGAGCGACCCCAUAGGACCGGCUACGACUUUGUUCGAGAACGAUUUCUAUGAUGCCAUAUACAAUGCACUAACUCCGAACGGUGUUGCCGCAACUCAAGGUGAAUGCUACCAUCUGAGUAUACCGUUGAUACGCCGUUUGAUCGAGCACUCCAGGAAGCACUUCACUGAUGUCCGCUACGCUGAUGUUCGUAUUCCUACGUAUCCUUGUGGACAAAUUGGAUGCUUGGUGUUAGCAAAGGGUAAGGGGGUGAGGGCCGAUGAGCCUGUCCGCACUGUCCCCAAGGAGAUGGCGGGUAAGUUGAAGUACUACAGCACAAAGCUACACAGAACACAGUUCACUCUGCCCGCGCAAGUGCAUCGGGACAUUUAUGGUACGGCGAUCGAGUGAUGGCAGUUCUCGGAUAUUUUCUGGUCUCUUAGUCGAAUAAACGUUUCUU